AUGAAUGGGGGCUUUGAACUCAAACUCCCUGAAAGAUCUGGCCAUGUAGCUGAAAUGUGGGUCAAUCGGUCAGAAGAGGCCAGGCGACUGCUGUAUGAAGAAGAAGAUAAAUAUGGGGACAUCAUUAUUGGUGAUUUUGUGGAUACUUACGUAAAUCUCACCUAUAAGAUCUUGACAAUUCAUCGAUGGGCUUCAGUUUUUUGUCAUGGUCAAACCGACGUGUUCCUUUUCAUGGACGAUGACUACCUCUUCAAUGCCAAAAAUAUGUUGGCCUACUUGAAGGGAUUUUCGAGGGAGGAGCUGCGCCAAAUGCUUCGUGGGCCCAUGAUGACUUGGCGACACGUGAUCCGACCUAAAAUGGACAAUCGAAAAAACAAGUGGGCCAUUACACAACAAGAAGUUCCCUGGUCUCGAUUGCCAACCUAUGCGGCGGGAGCUGCUAUACUAAUUGGCGCAGACAUCCUCGAUGAUAUGAUAAUAUCUGAACUUUAUACCCGCUUCCUGUGGGUCGAUGACGCAUAUUUGGGUUUCGUAGUGGCCAAACUGUCUCCUCGACAAUUCGAAGAUUUGAAGGGCUUCUAUUUGGAAUCGAGCAACAAUGACAAAGCUCUGAUUCCAUUGUUUCGAUAUCCAACCUACGUCUGGGGCACCGCUCGUCUAAUUGGUGCAGACGUUCCCAAUGAAUUGAUAAUAGUUGAAGUCUAUACUCACUUCCUAUUGGCCAAUGACGCCUACUUGGGGUUCGUAAUGGCUAAUUUACCUUCCCGACAAUUUCGUGACAUGAAAGGAUUCUACUGGGAAGCGAAUAACAACAAGAAGGCUCUAACAUAUCAUACGCCCAUCCAAUUAACAUUUGUCUGGCUUGAAGAUAAUCUAAAACAAUUUUUGCUAGCAGUGUCUGAUAACAGCAACCUUGAUCUUCACCUCGAUGCUGCAAGUAGAUUGAUCCUAGGAUUUUGUUGGGUAGUGACAAGCAAGGGAUUCGUUUGGGACAUUCUACGGCCAAGUUCUAGCAGGUAG